ACGCAUUUGACAGCGCAUUAUUAUCACCGCCUGCUGUUCGAUCGUUUUUCGUUUGGAUUUGAAUAAUUCAAACUUGAAACUUGAAAAUCGUGAAAAUUUUACUAUUCAUCUGUAUUCCACCACAUUCUCUCCAAGCUUCUCUUCUAAAAUGGAAAAGACCAAACACAUGAAGACAUUAUGGUCUAUUUUAUCGGGUACCAACCAGCCGUUGUCAUUUGAUGUUGUCGGACCUUUCAUAGAAAGUGCCAAAAAUUGGCUAGUCUCUGGAAUUCAACAUUUCAGGCCUAGGGAUGAAGAUUCUAUUCCAGCGACAAGUGAUUUUCCUACAAUUCUCAGUUAUACUAUACACCUGAAAGCAGAGGAUACAGCAAAGUUGAUGGAAAGCUACAAAGAAAAUGAAUAUAGAGGAACUGCAGAACAGUUUGAAAACCUCUUUAAAAACAAGCAUUUUUACCCUGGGCUUUUGGCUGAACUCAGUCAGUUUUACCAUAAAGAAAGACUCUAUCUUCUACAUAGCAUUGAGUUCCUCAUAAAAAAGGCUUACAGCAAUGCACAUCCAUACUCCAACAUUUUCAAGAACUUCUUGGAAACCUAUGAUGGAAAAUGUGAACUUAAGAAAUCUCUUUUGGCACAGCUGAAGUUGCUCAGUAAAGGAUCUGCUCCACAGCAGUCAGCAAUUGUUACACCUGCAAUAAUCAAGUCGUGGUGGAGCUUGAAUUCUCAGGAGAUUCUUUUAGUUCUCCAGUGCCUGAUAUACUAUUCAGAGAGUCACGAAUUAGAUGCUGAAGACCUUCUUGAAAUUUUGUCAACCUGUGGCCAACUCUCUGGUGAUUUGGGAGAAAAUUUCCAUAGUGUCUGCCACAUGCAAACCACACUACUUGUGAAAAUUGUUCAGCCCAAAGACAAUUUCCAAACUUUAAGGUUGAAGAACACAGCAAUUGAAGAGCAAUUGGAAAGACUUUUGAACAAAGCAGAGUACUCUCCUAUUCUUCUGGCAUGGAUGUUAAAUCACUAUACUUCCGAAAACCCUAUCAGUGGUUCCAAAUUCCAACAGUUCGGCAAAAAAGCGAUCGAACAACGAGUACUAAAGAUCAUUGGUGACAUCAGUAGUGAUCCCAUUUUCCAGGGUGAAUCGUCUCUCCGAGAGAUAGUUUGUCGAACAAUGAAUGGUCUCCUCGCCGUCUUGGUGAGCUGUUUCGACACAGAAAGGCUAGGUAAUCAGGCAGAUUUACGGAGAGCAACCUGUUGUAUACUGCGUGGAAGUUCACAAGCUGCCAAAAAUGUCUGGCUACCUGAUCAAGGACUCAACUUUGUCUGGAGUGAAACUGUGAGCCAAUUUCCUUUAGAAAUGGUUGCCCUGUUGGAGCUUUCCAGGGCUGUUGCACAUUCUUCAAAGGAAAAUAAAUUUAGGAUCUGUCAAGAAGUCCAGCAACUUCCUAAUUUCAUGGAACUGAUUGAAAACAUCCCAGAAUCUUGGCUAAAAUGGACGACAGCUGGAGUGGUUGUCUUGCUCCAAACUUACUACCCAUACAAAACUGCUGGCUGUAAAGAGAUCCUGAUACCACGUGGAGCUGUAGGCAGUAUCGAUGGCAAAUAUAUCCGAUGGCAAGUGAAGGUCAACCUGUACGAAAUCGCCAUUGCAGAGAUUAAGAUGCUUCUCCAGCAGGGAUCUUUCGGAUUGUCGGCUGUCAAAGUAGACUCAUUGACGCGAGUACAACACGUACUGGGCUUCCUAGAAUUGAUUUUUCCCCAACUUGAAAUGUCCUCGCCGGCUUACGCUGAAAAAUUUCGACAUCAUAUCUUGUCAUUAGUGGAAAAGUUUGGUCCACUCUCAACUGCCACGCAGGAGUUAGUUGCCAGUUCCCUGAAAUGCCUCGCCGCUGCCGUCACAGAGUCAAACGCGUCUGAAGUAGCAGGAAAAAUAUUCAGCACUUCCAUCCUUCCUUCAGUUGAACGUCAUCUGCCGACUGGUGUUGGGAACGAAAUCUCGCCUGGAGUAAUUGGCAUUGUAUUGGCCGGUAUUGAAAGCUCGCAGGGAUCGUACCCUUUAACCGUCGCUUUCGUCAAGCUAACUUCUGCCUUCAUUCAGGCGAACUUGGCAGACGAGCGGGUUUCCGUAGCGUCCAGCUUGUUUAUCUUUCGUGAGGUUUUACCUUUCUUACUGACUCGUCAGUACGUCAGUAUAGAACAACGAGAAAUAAUGAUUGGCGUAACCCUCAAUUGGCUUCACGUUCUUUUACAAACGGAUUCGUCAAACCAAGUGCGCCAAAUAUGCACCCGAACAUUGCUCAAUUCACCCAGGGGAGAAACAGAGAGUCUCGUGGCUAUUGCAGCCUUUGGUUCAUCGUUGGCUGAAAUGCAGUUGAUGAAACAAUCAGAUUGGGAUGAUCGAGAUGGGCAUGGACUUGUUAUGCUGCGCCACAUUCGUUUGUCACUUUCCAUUCUCAAUCUUUUACUCAAAGAUCGUGAAGCUGCUGGACAUAUGUCCCCUCUAGAGUCUUUGUUGUCGAGUCCAAGCAGCGCUCCAACCGGUCAACAUUUUACUACCAUAUUGGCCCAUUACAUCUUUUAUCGCUUUGAUUUGCGGCUGGCCACCUUGGCACUGAAAGUUUUGAAAUCGUGUGCCAAUCGAUGGAAGAAUGUUUCUCUACUGGCCUGUCUCGGACACGACGCACCACUCAUACGCAACACUUGGCUGAAUUCCCUUGAGUCGACUUUGGAAGACGCUGGACUGAUCCGCACCAUUCUCCGGUUAAUGACAGAAUCUGUGGCUGCCCAACCGGGAUUGAUGCAUAUGCUGGUCAACGGUGAUGAUCGUUGCUUUAGGGCCGUUGCGCGUUUGCUAUUAGAGGAGAACGAAUUAGAAGCUCUGGAACUUGUGCAUCAAUUUUGGUUCCAGCGAUGCUCGCCUGCUAUUGAAUACUUCAAGAGACGGCCGAAAUUCUGGCAGCAACUUUGUUUGCCUCUUCAUUCUGCUGACAAGAACCCUGAAGUCAAACGGAUAGCUCUGCUUUUCCAAAUCUUGGCUAUCGAACUCUACAACACGUGCGGCAAAGUCAAUUCCGAAUUGCAGGAUGUCCUCAACCAAUUGCCCUCUCAUUUGACAGACUGGUCUGAUUUAGUACUCAAAAGUCUACCGCCAUCCUCCUCACCUGCCGGACAAGAAAAAACAGGCGUGGAAUUGCUCCUUUCGGGGUGGUCGGAUUUCCUUGUGAUGUUGGCUCAUUAUGGUCCAGAAAUAGAUGCUGGAAAUCGUGCCAAAAUCUCCACUGAUGUAUUGGAAGCCCUCAUUGGACGGGCCGAGAGCGGACACCGUUCUCCACUAUUAGGAAAAUUAGCCGAACUAAACUGGAUGUUGCAGUUGGUUGAGAAAAAAAGCAACGAUAGAUUAUUGACUAGCCUAGGUCAACUACUGGAUGUAAUAGCAGAGAAAGAAUUGACUUCAUUUCCUGCCCGGUUUCAAGUUGCCGUCCUCACCAGUGCUGUCUCCGCUUUGCGUUUACGAGGCCGAACUGAUAAAGAUGAAAAAUUAGCUGACUGGAUGCGCCCAGUGUCUCUUUGUACCCAGUCCUGUCUUAUUCAACUACCCCAGCUCUUACUUACGGAUGCCACCAAUCCCAAUUCGAGAGCGACUUGCAUCACUGCCCUUUGUCUAUCGCUGCUGACUGAAUUGAUUCCUUCCGCCAUUGACUUGUCCGCCUUGCAGGAGACCUUCCUUCUCCAAUCGUUAAUAUCUACGAUACAGUUCUGUAUCCAUCAUCGACAAGGCUGGGAUGUGGCUGAAGGGGCCUUAUCGGUGCUUCUCGCUGUGGCGAGAACAGAUGCAGGCAGUGCGGUUUUGACUCAGCUUCAACUAGAUCAAACGCUUUGGCUACCUUUAGAGGUGAUUUACGAAGCUCAGCCUAUGGUGUACCGAUUAGGUCUACAACUAUGCACAACCGUGCUAGGUCGACAGCGACAUUUUUUCUUGGAACAAGCACUGACAUUGGCUGGCGUCCACCAGCAGCCUUUUACCAACAUCCUGCUCAAACUUCGCCAUCCAAAUAAAGAUGAUCUCAUCGUCGCCACCGACGUCAUGGCUCUACUUCGACAGCUAUCUGUCUUCCAGCAAACAUGGCGGUUACAACAUUCUGGCUCAAUGCAGAACGUUCUUCAGGCCGCUUCUUCGGCCGUAUAUUUUGGCAUAGCUCACCUCAUCCGAGCUAGCAGCAUCACUCCUCUAAUCAGCACUAGCUUUGGAGAAGGGAAAGAUAAUGAAACCGUUCAACCAUCUGCUGCUGCUCUGGAACUUCAGUCCAAAUUAUUGGAAUUAGUUUCGCAAGGAUUGGCUUUACUGAACUGCUACAAUCCACCCCUGGCUGCCCUGUUGACAGAAGACGGGAUCGAUGUAGCUAAAUGGGAACGGCAUUUGAGUCCUAGCUUCAGCACACCGUCUUUGGAUCAUUUGGAGGCUUCCCCUUCAUUGAGUUUUGGCACAUUAAAUGCUGUUGCUUCUCAUACCUUAAGAAUACUGUCCAAACCGGAUCAACAGCCGAAUGAGAGGAAUCAUUUAACUUUAGUACUGGAACAAUCCCUAUCAUUGCUCCUGUCUCAAGCUCUGUUGUACAUCCUCGACCCACGUCUGUGCCCCCAAGAAAAACAACUGCUCAAGCGAGAGCUUGGUGCCGAGCUGGGCAGCUUUGUUGAAUCGAUAAGACGGCAGGCGCAAAGGGGUCUAAGAUCUCCGGCCACUGCGUCCUAUACUCCUCGGCCUAUCAUUUCAACAGUAAAUCAAAGUUUCCUUAAACUUGUGGGGCAUAUCGUUCAACGUAUCUUCAAAUAGCUGGCUCAAGAGAGCCAUAAAUUCAGUAAUGUAUUUAAAGCACGAUCAUUAAACUUUUGAAGUUUCGA